UGCGGCGGCCCAAGCGGUUUCAAACGGCUUUAGAGCAGGCCCCUCGGUUCUGACCCGGCGGAGGUGAUACUCUUAAUCCCAGAGAGAAACUGGAAGCACAAUGGGAGAUGACAGCGAGUGGUUGAAACUGCCGGUUGAUCAAAAAUGUGAACACAAGCUAUGGAAAGCAAGAUUAAGUGGUUAUGAAGAAGCCCUGAAGAUCUUCCAGAAAAUAAAGGAUGAAAAGAGUCCAGAAUGGUCCAAAUAUUUAGGAUUAAUAAAAAAAUUUGUGACAGAUUCCAAUGCAGUGGUUCAACUGAAAGGAUUAGAAGCUGCACUUGUUUAUGUUGAAAAUGCUCAUGUCGCAGGAAAGACUACAGGAGAAGUUGUGUCAGGUGUUGUAAGUAAAGUGUUCAACCAACCCAAAGCCAAAGCCAAGGAGCUAGGCAUUGAGAUUUGUCUUAUGUACAUAGAGAUUGAAAAAGCAGAGGCUGUACAAGAAGAACUCCUGAAAGGCCUGGACAAUAAGAACCCCAAGAUCAUAGUAGCCUGUAUAGAAACUCUGAGGAAAGCCUUAUGUGAAUUUGGUUCCAAAAUCAUUUUGCUUAAACCAAUUAUCAAAGUGUUGCCAAAACUCUUUGAGUCUCGAGACAAGCCUGUUAGAGAUGAAGCCAAAUUAAUUGCUGUUGAGAUAUACAGGUGGAUCCGGGAUGCUCUGAGACCCCCAUUACAAAAUAUAAAUUCUCUCCAGUUGAAAGAACUAGAAGAAGAAUGGGUCAAGUUGCCAACAGGUAUUCCUAAACCAACUAGGUAUCUGCGUUCCCAGCAAGAAUUAGAAGCUAAAUUGGAACAGCAACAGUCUUCUGGUGCUGAUGCUGAUGGAGGUGGUGAUGAUGGUGAUGAGGUACCACAGAUAGAUACUUAUGAACUUUUGGAAGCAGUAGAAAUUCUUUCCAAACUUCCCAAGGACUUUUAUGACAAAAUUGAGGCAAAAAAAUGGCAAGAAAGAAAAGAAGUCCUGGAAAUUGUUGAAGGACUAGUGAAAAACCCCAAACUAGAAGCAGGCGAUUAUGCAGAUUUAGUAAAAGCAUUGAAGAAGGUUGUUGGAAAGGACACCAAUGUCAUGUUGGUGGCUCUGGCAGCAAAAUGUCUUACUGGCCUGGCUGUUGGGUUAAGGAAGAAAUUUGGACAAUAUGCAGGACAUGUUGUGCCAACCAUUUUGGAGAAAUUCAAAGAGAAGAAACCCCAGGUGGUACAAGCCCUGCAGGAGGCAAUUGAUGCCAUCUUUCUUACUACCACACUCCAGAACAUCAGUGAGGAUAUUUUAGCGGUGAUGGAUAAUAAGAAUCCAACCAUCAAGCAACAGACAUCUCUUUUUAUUGCAAGAAGCUUCCGCCAUUGCACUGCUGCUACCCUGCCAAAGAGCUUGCUAAAGCCCUUUUGUGCUGCUCUACUAAAGCACAUCAAUGACUCUGCUCCUGAAGUGAGAGAUGCUGCAUUUGAAGCUUUGGGUACCGCUUUGAAGGUGGUUGGUGAGAAAGCAGUAAACCCAUUCCUCGUUGAUGUGGACAAACUCAAACUUGAUAGGAUCAAAGAAUGUUCAGAAAAAGUAGAGUUGGUACAUGGGAAGAAAGCUGGACUUGCAGCUGAUAAAAAGGAGCUGAAGUCUGUGCCAGGAAGAACUGCUGCUUCUGGGGCUGCGGGAGAUAAAGACACAAAGGAUGUUUCAGCACCCAAACCAGGGCCCUUGAAAAAGGCACCUGCUGCCAAGGCUGGAGGGCCCCCUAAAAAGGGGAAACCAGCUGCGCCAGGAGGCUCAGGAAGCAUUGGAACCAAGAACAAGAAAGGUUUGGAGACCAAAGAAAUUGUGGAACCUGAACUCUCGAUAGAAGUAUGUGAAGAAAAAGCUUCUGCUGUCCUUCCUGCUACUUGUAUACAACUUUUAGACAGCAGUAACUGGAAGGAAAGACUAGCCUGUAUGGAAGAGUUCCAAAAAGCUGUUGAAUUAAUGGACCGAACUGAAAUGCCAUGCCAGGCAUUAGUGAGGAUGCUUGCCAAGAAACCUGGCUGGAAAGAAACUAAUUUUCAGGUGAUGCAGAUGAAGCUUCACAUAGUUGCUUUGAUUGCACAGAAGGGAAACUUUUCCAAAACUUCAGCUCAGAUCGUCUUAGAUGGCCUGGUAGAUAAGAUUGGUGAUGUGAAAUGUGGGAACAAUGCCAAAGAAGCCAUGACAGCAAUAGCUGAAGCUUGUGUUUUGCCGUGGACUGCUGAGCAGGUUAUGUCAAUGGCCUUUUCACAGAAGAAUCCUAAGAAUCAAUCAGAAACUCUGAAUUGGCUAUCAAAUGCAAUAAAAGAAUUUGGUUUUUCUGGAUUGAAUGUGAAAGCUUUUAUUAGCAAUGUUAAAACAGCACUUGCUGCAACAAACCCUGCUGUGAGGACUUCAGCUAUCACCCUGCUUGGUGUGAUGUAUCUGUAUGUUGGUCCAUCAUUGCGAAUGUUCUUUGAGGAUGAGAAGCCUGCUCUCCUAUCCCAGAUAGAUGCAGAAUUUGAAAAGAUGCAGGGACAGAGCCCACCUGCUCCAACUAGAGGGAUUUCCAAGCACAGCACAAGUGGAACAGAUGAAGGAGAAGAAGGAGAAGAACCAGAUGAUGGGGGCAAUGAUGUUGUUGAUCUUCUGCCAAGAACAGAAAUAAGUGAUAAAAUCACUUCAGAGUUGGUGUCUAAGAUUGGAGACAAGAAUUGGAAGAUCAGGAAAGAAGGCCUUGAUGAAGUGGCAGCUAUUAUCAAUGAAGCAAAGUUUAUCCAACCAAAUAUAGGAGAACUUCCAUCUGCCUUAAAGGGUCGACUCAACGAUUCAAAUAAAAUCUUGGUGCAGCAGACUUUGAAUAUACUCCAACAGCUGGCAGUGGCCAUGGGGCCAAACAUCAAGCAACAUGUGAAGAAUUUAGGCAUCCCUAUCAUCACUGUCCUUGGAGACAGCAAGAACAAUGUUCGAGCUGCUGCCCUAGCAACGGUGAAUGCUUGGGCAGAACAGACUGGCAUGAAGGAGUGGCUGGAGGGAGAGGAUCUUUCUGAAGAGCUAAAGAGGGAAAAUCCUUUCUUGAGGCAAGAGCUUCUGGGCUGGCUGGCUGAAAAACUACCGACUCUUCGUUCCACCCCCACAGACCUGAUCCUUUGUGUUCCUCAUCUCUACUCCUGCCUGGAGGAUCGCAAUGGAGAUGUACGGAAAAAGGCCCAAGAUGCCUUGCCAUUCUUCAUGAUGCAUUUAGGAUAUGAGAAAAUGGCCAAGGCUACUGGGAAGCUCAAGCCAACAUCUAAAGAUCAGGUAUUGGCCAUGCUAGAGAAAGCCAAAGCUAACAUGCCAGCCAAGCCUGCUGCACCUGCUAAAGCAACUUCCAAACCCGUGGGAGGGUCAGCCUCAUCCAAAUUCCAGCCCGCCUCAGCACCUGUUGAAGAUUCUGUUUCCAGCACUGUAGAGCCCAAGCCUGAUCCGAAAAAAGUCAAAGCUCUAGGAGUUUCCUCUAAAGCAAAGAGUGCACAAGGGAAGAAAGUGCCAAACAAAACCAGCUUAAAGGAGGAUGAAGAUAAAUCCGGUCCUAUUUUUAUUGUUGUUCCGAAUGGAAAGGAGCAAAGGAUGAAAGAUGAAAAGGGAUUAAAGGUUCUGAAGUGGAAUUUUACCACCCCACGGGAUGAAUAUAUCGAGCAACUAAAGACUCAAAUGUCUAGCUGUGUGGCUAAAUGGUUACAAGAUGAGAUGUUUCAUUCAGACUUUCAGCAUCAUAACAAAGCCCUUGCUGUCAUGGUUGAUCACUUGGAAAGUGAAAAAGACGGUGUGAUAGGUUGCCUGGAUCUUAUCCUAAAGUGGCUUACUCUGCGGUUUUUUGACACCAAUACAAGCGUCCUAAUGAAAGCCCUGGAAUAUUUAAAAUUACUCUUCGCCCUGCUAAGUGAGGAGGAAUAUCAUCUCACUGAGAACGAAGCCUCUUCCUUCAUCCCCUAUCUCAUUCUCAAGGUUGGAGAACCAAAGGAUGUCAUUCGUAAAGAUGUUCGUGCCAUCCUGAACCGGAUGUGCCUUGUCUACCCAGCCAGCAAAAUGUUCCCAUUCAUCAUGGAAGGAACCAAAUCAAAAAAUUCCAAGCAGAGAGCAGAGUGUCUGGAAGAGCUUGGGUGUCUGGUCGAGUCCUACGGCAUGAAUGUUUGCCAACCCACCCCAGGAAAAGCCUUAAAGGAAAUAGCAAUUCACAUCGGAGACCGUGACAAUGCUGUGCGCAAUGCUGCCCUCAACACCAUUGUGACAGUCUACAAUGUGCAUGGGGACCAGGUGUUCAAACUGAUUGGAAACCUUUCUGAAAAGGAUAUGAGCAUGCUUGAAGAAAGAAUCAAGAGGUCAGCUAAGAGGCCUUCUGCUGCACCAAUAAAACAGGUGGAAGAGAAACCUCAACGCUUACAAAACAUAAACUCCAAUGCCAACAUGCUCCGCAAGGGACCUGCUGAGGACAUGUCCUCCAAACUCAAAAUUAUGUAUCGCACUUAUAGGAUCCAAGCCCGAAGCAUGAGUGGGCAUCCUGAGGCAUCCCAGAUGGUUCGCCGAGAAUUUCAACUGGAUCUUGAUGAGAUUGAGAAUGACAAUGGUACAGUCCGGUGUGAAAUGCCAGAACUUGUUCAGCACAAACUGGAUGAUAUUUUUGAACCAGUCCUUAUUCCUGAACCCAAGAUCCGAGCUGUUUCUCCACACUUUGAUGAUAUGCACAGUAAUACAGCAUCCACAAUCAAUUUCAUUAUCUCCCAAGUGGCCAGUGGUGACAUCAACACAAGCAUCCAAGCUCUGACUCAGAUUGAUGAAGUCCUGAGACAAGAAGACAAAGCUGAAGCUAUGUCCGGCCAUAUUGAUCAGUUUCUCAUAGCCACGUUCAUGCAACUGAGACUUAUUUACAACACACACAUGGCAGAUGAGAAAUUGGAGAAGGAUGAAAUCAUCAAAUUGUACAGCUGUAUCAUUGGCAAUAUGAUUUCGCUGUUUCAGAUAGAGAGUCUAGCCCGGGAGGCCUCCACUGGAGUACUAAAAGAUCUAAUGCAUGGCCUCAUCACCCUAAUGCUGGACUCUCGAAUUGAAGAUCUGGAGGAAGGCCAACAGGUGAUCCGAUCUGUGAACCUCUUGGUGGUGAAGGUUCUGGAGAAGUCCGAUCAAACCAACAUUUUGAGUGCCCUACUUGUUUUGCUUCAAGACAGCCUACUAGCAACAGCCAGUUCUCCCAAAUUUUCAGAGCUUGUUAUGAAGUGUCUCUGGAGAAUGGUCCGAUUGUUACCUGAUACCAUCAACAACAUUAAUCUAGACAGAAUUCUUUUAGAUAUACACAUUUUCAUGAAGGUCUUUCCCAAGGAGAAAUUGAAACAGUGCAAAAGUGAAUUUCCCAUAAGGACCCUGAAAACAUUGCUGCACACUUUAUGCAAAUUAAAAGGACCCAAGAUCCUCGACCACCUCACAAUGAUCGACAACAAGAAUGAGUCGGAGCUUGAGGCCCACCUCUGCCGCAUGAUGAAGCACAGUAUGGACCAGUCAGGGAGCAAGUCUGACAAGGAAACUGAAAAGGGAGCAUCUCGAAUAGAUGAAAAAUCAUCAAAGGCCAAAGUGAAUGACUUCUUAGCUGAGAUAUUUAAGAAGAUUGGUUCUAAAGAGAACACCAAAGAGGGCCUAGCAGAGUUGUAUGAGUACAAGAAGAAAUACUCAGAUGCUGACAUUGAGCCAUUUUUGAAAAACUCCUCACAGUUCUUCCAGAGCUAUGUUGAGAGAGGCCUCCGGGUGAUCGAGAUGGAGCGGGAGGGCAAAGGCCGGAUUCCCACUUCAACAGGCAUCUCCCCGCAGAUGGAGGUCUCAUGCAUGUCUACCACCACAGGCACAGUGUCCUCCAUCGUGAACUCGAAUGGAGAGGAAGUGGGGCCCUCCGUCUACCUGGAAAGGCUGAAAAUCCUGCGGCAGCGCUGUGGUCUGGACAAUACCAAGCAGCAAGACGACCGGCCUCCGCUCACUUCUCUGCUCUCCAAGCCAGCCGUCCCUCCCGUGGCCUCAUCCACGGACAUGCUGCACAGCAAGCUCUCCCAGCUCCGGGAGUCCCGAGAGCAGCACCAGCACGCGGAGCUGGACUCAAACCAGACUCACUCCUCAGGAACUGUGCCCCCCUCCUCCACGGCCAACAUCGAUGACUUGAAAAAGAGACUGGAGAGAAUAAAGAGCAGUCGCAAGUGAAGCUGCCCACCCCUGGCACCCCGCAGCUUUAGUUUACUAAACUAGAAGCCCUCAUAGUCGAAGUGGCCUUGGCAGGCCCGGCGUACACAGACUGGUUGUAUGUAUCAUACGUGGAUCUGGGGGGAGGAGUUGUUGUGGCACAAGUACUUGUACAUACUCUGCUUCUCCCCGUCAGCGUCCUGCCUCGCUAGCAGACUGUCUGUGUAGUAGUUUAGUGUACAGACUUGUAAACAAGCUCUGCCCUCCUCUCAGCUCAGCCUAGUUUAACUGUCCUAUUUCUUUGAUUUGUAAUUGUUUAUUUGUAAAGUUGUCCUAAUCUUUCCUUACUACUAGAAACUCUUUUAAUAGUUUUCCAUUCAGUUUGUGAGCUCUUUUCCCUGUAGCCCUGAAGGGUCACUGUAUUCUCUAUGGAAGCAUGGCAUGAUACAACUAAUUUAAGAGUCUUUUAUAAAUAAAGUUUGCAUUAACUAUAACCGUC